AUGGAGACAGAAGAUUACAAACUACUCAAAAUGAAACAGAAAGAGGAUCAUGUAAAUAUACACGUGCAAACCAGCAUUACCCUGUGGGCUAUCUCCCAGCAGCCUAUCCAGUUAACUACAGUACCCAAGGUGUGCCUGGGGAAAGGGGUGGCAACGAAGAGGGCACCAGGAAGCAACGAUUGCUGGGGAGACCACGGCGGAGAAGCUCAAAAGCUGGGAAAUGAGCUAGAGCUGAGACUAGAGUCCAUCAGCAAGCUCCACACAGCUCGUGACAGCAGUUCCUGAACUGGAAGACAAGACAGUUAGAUUUCCAACACAAUACCCCUGGUAAACAGAUCAAGCCAAGACCGAGUGUUCGAGACAAGCAUUGAAAUUAAACAGGUUUUGGCAACACUUAAAGGAGUAAAUGAUAAAAUGGCAGACAGCAACAGUGCAUGUACCCCUUCAUUUAAUCCAUCGCGGACGUAUCCUCUGCAGCCACCUAGACAUAUGUUGCAAGAUUAUACACAAGAGUUACACAGCCAAAGCAAACUCAAUGGCAGUAACAGCAAAGGAGAACUGCAUGGAAUCAGUCUGAAAGACAUGGAGCCAUAUAAAAGAGGGUCCGCAGAAAACAAAGGGGGAGCUGAACUACUUGUGAAAGAUCAUGACCGCCCAAAUUCAGGUAGCCUGAUAGAGGAAACGAUAAAUACCACUGCUAUGGCAACAGAAGACAAUAUGGCUCCACAGAGAGGAAUGCUCAAGUCAGUUCAUAGCAAAAUGAACAUGUGGUUACGAUUUCCUCCAGUGAACAGCCUGAUUCACCGAGUCAACCUUAGGAAGAAUCAAAACCCCAUUAUCCUCAGUGAUGUGGCUGGCAUCUGUACCAUCCCAUUGCUACCGUGUGCUUACUAA